UAGCAACCCCAACUUUUCUAUCUGUCAAAGUCGUCAAUAUUUUCGACGAAGAUCGAAAUCGAAAAAUACUGUAAAAAUGUCUUUAGGAAAGAUAUUAGCGCUCGAUAAACUUACAAAUUUCUUCAAUGCAAUCCGCCAGAAUGGUGGAAUAAGAGCUUCCCUGUUUAAACUGUACAGACAAGAUGAGUUGAAAGACGGCCGACUGGUUGGUGAAGAUAAAUAUGGCAACAAAUACUAUGAGAACCCUCGUUACUUCUACGGUAGGAACCGCUGGGUGGAGUACAGUGACAAGGUGCAUAUGAACUACGAUGGAAGCCAGGUUUCAGCUGAAUGGUUUGGUUGGCUCCACUACAAAACGGAUCUGCCCCCACACCAGGACCCAAGCAGACCAAAAUACAAGUGGAUGGCUGAUUUCACAGAGAACAUGUCUGGUACUACCGGUCAAUACGUUCCCUACAGCACGACCAGGCCUAAGGUGGAACCGUGGGUGCCCAAGAAAGCCGCAUAAAUCUUCAACCGGAGACAACCCAUAGUAUCAUUCUGUGAAACUCCCUUCCAACAUCAAACGAGGAAACAAAACGCAUUAUUAUCUGUCUAAUUUGACAGGUGUCAGAUCUGACAGCUGUCAAAUCAUAUAAAUCGAUUUGAGUGACCAUU